AUGGCUCAGGAAAACCUGACCACAAAAGUCACAGAAUUUGUUCUCAUAGGUCUUUCAGAGAAUCCAAAAUGGAAUUUCAUCCUCUUCCUGAUUUUCAUCACUAUCUACAUAACAACCUGGCUUGGAAACCUCACUAUUAUCUUUGCAGUCAUCUUCAUGCAUCAGCUCCACUCACCUAUGUACUUUCUAUUGGCCAACCUGGCUGCCUUAGAUAUCAGUGAUUCCACUGUCACUGCUCUAAAGCUGCUAGCAGGUCUCCUUUCACAUCCCAAUAUCAUUUCCUACAACUGGUGCAUUGCUCAAAUUUUCUUUUUCCACUUUACUGGUGCUUCUGUGGAUUUCUUGCUCACAGUCAUGGCUGUGGAUCGAUACAUAGCUAUCUACAAACCACUGCAGUACUUAACUAUCAUGAACCAAUGGGUUUGUAUAAGUUUGGUAGCAGGUGCUUGGCUGGGUGGCUUUGUUCACUCCAUUGUCCAGAUUGGGAUCCUCAUUCAGCUGCCCUUCUGUGGACCAAACAUCUUGGACAAUUUUUACUGUGACAUCCCCCAAGUUGUCAAACUGGCUUGUACAGACACAUACAUUACUGAAUUGCUGAUGGUUUCUAAUAGUGGAUUAAUUGUUGCAGCUAUGUUCCUCAUCUUACUUGUAUCAUACUCUGUCAUUUUAGUGAAGAUUAGAACCCAUGUCACAGAGGGAAAGCACAAAGCUCUUUCCACGUGUUCCGCACAUAUUGUGGUAUUAAGCUUAAAUUUUGCUCCUGCAAUAUUCAUUUAUGACCGUCCUUUCAAGGUAUACCCAGGAGAUAAGAUAUUUCAAGUAAUGUAUACUCUCAUUACCCCAAUGCUGAACCCAAUGAUCUUUACACUGAGAAAUACAGAAAUGAAAAAUGCUAUUAAGAAACUCAAAAGGAAAAUUGUUUCUUCAAGAAGCAGAAUCUUUACUAGGGAAAAAUCCUUUGUCUCUAGGUUGCAGUGA